UGUUAUGAAAGAUUCUAACUUUUAAGUGUAUUAGCUGCGGUUGUGUUUGGGUUUCCCCUGUCUUCGCAUUAUCUCUCUCUCUCCCCACCUCCUUCUCUUUGUGGAAUGAACAGUAUCCAGAAACCCUUAUUUGAUAGAUUGUGAUGAACAGUUAUCGAUAAAUUGGUCAGGGAAGGAGGUGGGAUAGGGAUGUUCUGCUUGCGGUAGACAUUUGGCUAAACAAUCUUGCCUGAAGAUGAAGCCACUGCCAUCAACCUCCUCCAAGACGCCUGUCAAAUUUAGAAUGCCGACGUCUGAGAACUUGGUACCAAUUCGUCUGGAUAUUGAAGUUGGCGGGCAGCGCUUCAAAGAUGCAUUCACCUGGAAUAUAUCUGAUCCAGAUUCUGAAGUAAGUGUUUUCGCUAAACGAACACAGAAAGAUUUGAAGCUUCCUCUUGCGUUUGCUACGCAGAUUGCCCAGUCUAUUCAGACGCAACAGACAGAGUUUCGAUCAUAUAAAGGCCAAGAAAUGCUUACUGGGGAGAAAAUUGUCCCAAUCAAGCUAGAUCUUCGAGUGAAUCGAACACUUAUCAAGGAUCAAUUUUUGUGGGACUUGAACAACUUUGAUAGUGACCCUGAAGAAUUCUCUAAGACCUUUUGCAAUGAUUUGGGCAUUGAAGACCCUGAAGUGGGGCCUGCGGUCGCCUUUGCAAUCAGAGAACAACUUUACGAGAUUGCUAUUCAAAGUGUAGCAACAGCAAGGGAAAGUCGAAAUGCCAAAAAGGGUCGUCGUGGCGAAUAUUCUUCCAUUUCCAGUAGGUCAACUGGUGCUGCACUGGACUUGAUGAAGUUAUUCAGCAACAGAUAUAGCGGUGUCCGGAAGAGGAAGGAAUGGGACGUGUUCGAGCCAAUGGUGGAUAUGCUAUCAAAUGAGGAAGUAGCUGCCCUUGAAUCAAUGGUAGAGAGGAAACCCCGUUGAAUCGGUUAUGGUUGCAGAUUGCAUGCCUUGGGCUUGAUGGAAUCUAGUAUAUGUCCUACUACAGUGCAAGUCCAUGCAGUGAUGCCUAGCUAGAUGAGGAUAUAUUUGUCAAAUGACUUGGCUUUGGAGGUUCAUGGUUCUUUAGUUGGGUUAAAAACUUAGAAUGGGUGUCGGCUCUUUGGUAGUAGUUGGGAUUUGAUGCAAGUGUUCAAUAUUUGAUGCAGGUGGGAGCUUUUUUCGUCAUUUGCUAGGUUUAAAGCUGCUGGGUAAAGUGAAGGUUUUCAGGUCGAGAAAUGGCGGGACCUCGAAGAAGCUUGAACCCCCUACAUGCUUAGCUCCUCGACCGAUCCAUCCAAUGUCUGGCGAUCAAACUGGGAAAGGUGUGACGAAGAGAGCCAUAAGCAUGUCCUUGGUGCUGGUGUCGGAAUUCGUGUAACCGUCGAACUCCUUGUAAAGAGUCUCCAUCACAUUCGCAAGGCCGACAAGUAUCUGCAGAACGUCAUGGUUAGGUACUACUGCAGCAGCAGCAGCAGCAACAUCAUCACGACCUGUUGGCGGAUUGAGCAGUCGCAGUAUCUCUCCGUUCAUGAUCUUCCAGUCAUCCUCUGCAAUUCCCCUUACAGCAGCCAUCGCCUCUUCUUUCCCCACGCCGUGUUCCUUCAUGUAACACUGUAUCGACGAUGCAGCAUGCCCCCUUUUCUGCUCGAACUGAGUUACAAACAUAUAUAAAAAAAAACUAACACUAACCAAUAAAAAACUAACCGAAUUUCGGGCGCACUGCAUACGCUGCGUGACGUAGCGAUUACCUCGUGGGAGACCAUGUCGUCUCGGAGACGACAGUGGUCCGACGAAACUACCAACAUUCUGGGCAAGCUGAACAGCCAAUCGAAGUCUUCCUUUGGCGCCGACUGCCGGCCGAGACCGCACAUGGUGGCGUACGCUAUCCACUGGUAGAUGGUGCUGAGUGAAGAAACCUGCCUGUAUUCCUCUAAGCUCGGCACAUGAUCUUGGUAGAACCAUCGUGCUUCUUCCAUGUACAUCCUUGUCACAAACUUCAGCUGCAUACACACAGUCACAUACAUCAAUAAGGGCUCGUUUAAUUUGGCAUGCAUAAAAAUGGAACUUGGUCAUAGAUAGAUUUAUAUUUACCGCCUGUUUUCCAAACUCCAAACAGUAGGGCAUUCCAUCCCUUGAUGUCACCGUGUCGAUUUCCUCGUACACCCCGAUGAUAGCAUCAAAUAGGGUUUUCAUGCAGUUGUUCAGAUCUUUCACGUUUGGAUCCCACCUGUUCGAUCUCGAAAUUAAAAGAAAGAAG